AUGACGAUGCAUCCUUAUGAGCCCCUGGCGAAAGACGUAUUUCGCCUCCUUACUAUCAUCAACAGGCAGGACCCCGUCAUCCAGUGCACGCUAUCCGCCUUCUCCCUCGACAGACCACCCGCGUACAGCGCACUGUCCUAUACGUGGGGUAGCGCAGUCCCGGCCGAUGGCCUGACGCCGGAUCUAAAUCGAACACUAGUGUGCAACGGAGGCGAGGCGCCCAUCACCGCAAGCCUGGAACAUGCCCUGCGCUCCGUGCCGCUCGCGUACGAGUGCAUCUGGGCCGACGCCGUGUGCAUCAACCAGCAGGACGUGGAUGAACGGAGCGCCCAGGUCGCCCUCAUGGGGAGGAUCUACUCUCAGGCCAGCCAGGUGGUGGUCUGGCUCGGUCCCGCGGACGACUUCACACAGACGGCUUUUGACUUCAUACGUGAUUUUGCGGGCCGCAUGCCCGAUGAGGUGUAUCAUUUCAACGCGGUCCAGUCGAAGCCGUUCUUCUCAGACAGCGGCUUCUGGGGCAAGAUAGGCCGCCCCGAGUGGAGUGCCGCCGAGAAGCAUGCGCUUGUUUGGUUAUUCAUACGGAACUGGUUCAGCAGGGCAUGGGUGAUACAGGAGGUGGUCUUUGCAAGUGACGCCGUGGUGUUUUGUGGCUCGCACUCGGCGCCCUGGCAGGCCUUCUCUGUGGUCUCGGCUUUCUUUACACAGCGAGACCUUACGCGCAUCGCCAUGGAAGAAGUAGACGGUGCUAGGGAGUACUUGGCCAUGCGCGGUGGAUAUUUCAGGGCCAUCGGAUCCGUCCCAAACAACAUCGAGCUCUUGAAAGAGCAAUGCGUAAACGCCACUAGUGGAAUAAGCGAGGAUAAUAGGGACUACGAGUCGGCAAUGGUUUUGGAGCGCAUCAUCUGGUCAACACGGAACGUGCAAGCCACCGAGCCCAAGGACAAGGUCUUCGCGCCCAUCGCACUCCUCCUUCAUUUGUUGCCCAGUGAAGAACUUACGGCCAGGCUUAAGCCGGACUACUCGAAGUCCGUGGCUGAAGUCUUCAUCGAGGUGAGCUCGUAUCUAAUGCAACAUUGCGACAAGCCCGGAAGAGCCUUCAUGCUGUCCUUGGUCGGGGAUACGACCCAGUCUCAAGUGGCAGGAUUGCCUUCUUGGGUACCGGACUACAGUGCUCAUACUCCUUCAAACAUUGCCGCUCAGUUCGAUCGCAAGUUCAACUGCAUUGCUGGCCUUGAUCUGGACAAGUACCUCGAAUUUACUCCACGGAAGUCAAAAUUGCGCAUAUGGGCGUCUCAAUUUGACACCGUAUUGGUACUGCUACCACCGCUCUUCCAGAAAGGCCGGGGCUCAGUUGCUGAGCUUCUACCGUGGCUUCAUUUUGCGGCGGCCCUCCCGGACUUUGACGCCAGCGGAGAGCCAGCAAUCUUGUCCAUGAUUCACUCCUUCACUGCGAAUGGCACUCGAGAAUACGAUUGCAGAGCCGUGUAUGACAAGUUUCGAGACAUGCUUACCAAAGUCUUCUGCCUCUUGGUCAGUCGAAGCCAGAUAUCGGUCGAUCAGUUACUCGCCCCAGUUUUGAGUGGGCUGCUUGAUGACCUCGAGAGGCGUCGCAUAACGGCUUUUCCAACCUGUGCCCAACUACGUGAUGCAGUAAAAGACCCAGGAGCUGCCAUGGAACCCGAAGAUGAAGUUUUCAGGUUCAUGAAAAACACAGAUCGGCGACUUUUCCAGUCGACUCAAGGGUACCUUGGGAUCAUGCCAACAGCAGCUCAGACCGGCGAUGAGAUCUUCUUUGUGCCAGGGUCUACUGUGCCGUUCGUAUUCAGGAAGACCAAGCAAUCUGGUGAAUAUGAGUUGGUGGGUGAAGCUUACGUUCAUGGUAUCAUGUACGGAGAGCUGUGGAGAGAAGGCCUACAACCUCAAUGGCUAUCUGUGACGCUUCUUUAG